GUUUAGGAUUAGGGAAAUCUCUUCCUUAUAAAUCCAUCUUCACACUCUACUCCUCCCUCACUCACCAGUUGCAAUUCUUUUCUCUCCGAAAUCAAUUCCUCUGUUUCUGAAUAUGGUGACCUUAAGAUCCAGAUCCAGGCCUCCAAUCCCCUCCAACAAGAAACAAGAGCCCAAGACUCGACCUCGACGGUCAUCAACAAGCGAAUUGGGUCUCGCAGUGGGGUUGAGGUUCCACCCUACCGAACAGGAAAUCGUCGAUUACUAUCUCCACAACCGGAUUGCUAACGGCGACGAGUUCCAGUCCGACUUCAUCCACGAUUGUGCUGAUUUCUUCGGCCAAAAUGAGCCCUGGGUUGUAUGGGACAUGUACGGCGGCAAUGAGUGCGAGGAUGAACAACAUAGUCUCUAUUUCUUCACCCGUCGCAAAAGGCUGAGUCCAACCGCCAAGAGGUUCGAUAGGAAAGUGGGCUCGGGAACCUGGAGCGGCCAACAUCCCAGGGAUAUUGUCGCUGAUGGUCUUGUCAUUGGGAUAAGGAGGGAGUUUAGGUACGAGGAGGGUUGUGACGAGAAGCAAAACGACGCUUGGUUGAUGCAGGAAUACCAGACUGUUGACGAUGAUUGUGAUAUUGUGGUAUGUUCUUUACGGAAGAGCCCUAGAAAGGCGACACCAACCUCAACUGCUCAGAAGAGAAAGACCAGGAUUAAUGGAAAGAAGGGGAAAGCUGUUCUGGAUCAGCCUAAACCAAAGAGGCGUAGAAGGGAACAGAGUUGUGUCCAGGAACAAGAAGAUGGCAGCAGUGUUGAUGAUGAGCCGAAUAUGGAACAACCCAAAAUGGAACAGAUCGAUUUCGAGUGGGAUCAAGAUCAUCUGUUGCUUCAAGAAGUGUCGGCCCCCAAUCAGUUUCAAGUUGAUCAAGAUUGUUAUUAUCCUGAGUUUUACCCUGAGCUAUAUGUUGACAAUAAUCCUGAUUUCUCUACUAUUGAUGAAUUGCUAGGACAGCCUUCAACUUGCUACGCCAGCAACAACCUCAACUUGGAUCAUUCCGGUCAGGCGGCUCAAUUUCAGGGGGAAAGUAUCAUGGUUCACCCUUUCCAGCACCUGAGACUUACGCCAUGACAUUGGAAGUAGUUUUUGACAAAUAUGAAGUGAAACUAAUACUGAUGAACAAGUAAACAGAAAUCAGCAGUCAUGUUUGAGGAAUUCUCAGUUUUCUUCAGUAAGACGAGAGGAUGAUAAGAAAGUGGCAUGGUAAUGAAAGAUCAUCUUACGUUUGUUCAUUUUCAUUCUUAUGCAUCUAUUAUCUUGGAAUGGCCGUUUGUUUUUCGCAGUGGAAUUUGAGUAAAACCACGUAGUCGCACCUUCAUAGGUUUGAUCAUAGCUUGCGGCAUGCAAUUGCUAA